UUUUACGUUUUCAAUUGUUUACAUUUUUUACAGCAGCCGCUAUUAUUAUUUUCACCUGUUCACCAUAUUAGUAAAAUCAGAAAAAUAUUAUAAUUUUUAUUCACACAAAUUUGCUGAUAGUUUCCUUCGAUUUCUUGAUGGCUGGUAAUUUUUGGCAAAGUUCCCAUUCUCAGCAAUGGAUUCUGGAUCGCCAGGAUCUUAUACGAGAACGACAAUAUGACCUGCAAUUGCUCACCGAAGAGGAGUAUCAAAAAGUUUUUAUAUUUUUCGCUAAUGUUAUCCAAGUUUUGGGCGAACAAUUAAAGUUACGUCAACAGGUCAUUGCCACCGCCACAGUGUACUUUAAGCGUUUCUACGCAAGAAAUUCAUUGAAAAAUAUUGAUCCUUUAUUGCUGGCUCCCACUUGUAUAUUAUUGGCGUCGAAGGUGGAAGAAUUUGGUGUGAUCUCAAAUUCUCGCUUGAUAUCCAUUUGUCAAUCAGUUAUAAAGAGCAAAUUUAAUUAUGCUUACACCCAAGAUUUUCCCUAUCGUACAAAUCAUAUUUUGGAGUGCGAAUUUUAUUUGUUGGAAAAUCUGGAUUGUUGUCUAAUCGUGUAUCAGCCUUAUAGGCCACUUUUGCAAUUAGUUCAAGAUGUGGGUCAAGAGGACCAACUGUUGACAUUGAGCUGGCGUAUUGUUAAUGAUUCGUUAAGGACCGAUGUUUGUCUGCUGUAUCCACCAUAUCAGAUUGCUAUUGCAUGUUUACAAAUUGCCUGUGUUAUUUUGCAAAAAGAUUCUAUGAAACAGUGGUUUGCCGAACUUAAUGUUGAUCUCGAUAAGGUGCAAGAAAUAGUACGAGCAAUUGUGAAUUUAUUUGAGCUAUGGAAAGAUUGGAAAGAAAAAGAUGAAAUACAAAUGUUGUUGGCUAAAAUUCCUAAACCAAAACCAGCACCUCAACGUUAAAACAAUUUAUUUAACAGCAUUUACAUAUGUAUGAAAAUUAAAAAAAAAUAUGAAAAAUUUAUUUAUCAUCAAAAUAAUUUUUAAGUUAUGAGCUCA